AUGUUGUCUAGUAAGAACAAUACCCAUAUUCAUCGGACUAGCAACACCAUUUUUACAUGGCUUAUCAACUAUUAUCGGAACUCGUACUCGAUCAAAAUCCUGACCAAGAGCUGCAGGAGCAUCCCAUUUGUAUCUUUGAAGUUCGCCCAUAUUUGCAAUGAGUUCAACUAUGAGCUGCAUCGUGGACGCGAAGUCAUGAUGCCUGCACGGCGCUCCUCUACUAGACGAAGCAAUUAUCGCAUGUUUCAUCCGAAAGAUCGCGAACCCAAAGAAACAAACCAAUGGAGCUGUAUGUCUUCCGAACAUUCUGAUCAAAAAAAGGAAAGAAGCACGUUCACACGAUGA